GCCCCGGGUUGUCUGGUUAUGGCGAUGCAGCAAUGACCGCAAAAAUUGGCUUCCCUGAUCUGUGCGGUUGACGGCGAUGUCCAGGUAGUUGACUCCCUGAUGAUGAUGCCCAAUGCGAUUGACACUGAGUUUGAGUCAUAGACUUGUCUUGAGUGAUUCAGUGUCACCUUCCAAGUGACCGGCUUUCAGUCUCAAAGGCAAAAAACUUGAUGACGAUCGCUUAUAAACUUCCAUUCUUAGACAUUACUGUCUUUAUUAUCAUUCAAUUUCAUGAUAACAUCAAUUUAAUAUUAUUAUAAUUCUUAUUGCUGUCCGCUUCGUCAGGACCUAUCCGAUCGUCUUGGACAGUGUCACCACUUCCUCUUCACUAGCGAUUGGGAAGAAUCAUGAGGUCGCGGAUGCGGAUAUUCUGGAUGGCGGUAUGGCUAUUUACUGGGGCGUGGGAAGGUUCGAAUGGACAGCCAGUCCAUCGUAAGCCCAACCUCGUAUUCGUGUAUGUCGAUGACUGGGGUUUCGCUGACGUUGGCUUCAGAAAUCCGGCCAUUCACAGUCCCAACUUCGACUCGCUGGCUCGCACCGGCUCGGUGCUACAGCGCCAUUAUGUCUUCAAAUAUUGCAGCCCCUCCAGGGCAUCGCUACUGACGGGUCGUUGGCCGCACCAUGCUCAUCAGUGGAACCUGCCAUCCGUGUCCAUGGCUGGUACGAAUCUCAACAUGACGAUGCUCCCGGCUAAGCUGAAGCAGGCUGGCUAUGCAACACACAUGGUGGGCAAGUGGCACCAAGGAUUCUUCAAGUCGGACUAUUUGCCGAUGGUGCGUGGUUUUGACACCAUGUCUGGCUUUCUCAACGGCGGCGAAAACCACAUGAAUCAGAGAGAGGGAUGCCUGGUCGACUUCUGGAAGAACGGAAAACCCGACCCGCGCAACGGCUCGUACGAUGCGUUCCAUUAUCGCGACGACCUGGUAGAUAUGAUCACAAACCAUGACACGGAUACGCCAUUCUUUCUGUACCUGGCACUGCAUAAUGUCCAUACACCGCUUCAAGCACCUGACGAUUGGGUGGACAUCUACCCGAGCACGACGUGCAAGAAUAGACGUGUGUACCAGGCCAUGGUCAGUGUGGCGGACAACGUGACUGGUACGGUCGUGGAGAUGCUCAGAAAGAAAGGCAUGUGGAAUGACACGUUGAUGGUGGUCAGUGCUGACAACGGCGGAGCGCCCUGCAGUGGUAGCAACUAUCCGCUCAAGGGCUGCAAGGGGACGUUCUUCGAGGGCGGUGUGCGGUCACUGGCGUUUGUCAACGGUGGAUUCUUGCCAAAGGCCAUGCGAGGGAAGGACAACGAUGGGUUUAUCCACGUGGCCGAUUGGUAUCCGACCUUUUGCAAACUAGGUGGAGUCAAUCCGGAAGACAGCGGGCCGGGCAAGUACCCUGUAGAUGGACUGGAUGUGUGGCCCAUCAUCUCGGGGCAGACAACACAAACUCCUCACGAGAGUAUUGUUCUCGGCUUUAACUUCAGCCAUACUGACUCAGGCGCACUGAUCAUGGGAGACUACAAGCUGAUCGUUGCACCACAGAGUCCUACAUGUGAUGGUUUGAUGUACUCCCCAUUGGACUACCCGUGCAGCAACGGCACGGUGGCGGCAAACUGUGAUCCGAACUGUCUCUACAACAUCGUAGCAGACCCUCGGGAAACCAAGGACCUAGCCAAGAGUGAACCAGAGAUCUAUGAGCGAUUGCUGUCCGCCUACAACAAGUAUUCGACUGAGCCGCAGUCAACGCGUGAUCAGGGUUACCACUCCGAAGGUGAUAUACCGCAAGAUUCGACCGCAUGUGACAAGCUAAAAGCAGAGGGCGGCUACUGGCGCCCGUGGAGGGACUAACCCGGCCCGGAACACUCUCAGCCGGUCCCCCUUUUAGGGGGUGCACGGCCACAUAUGUGUAGGGUGGCAGGUGCAUAUCAUUCAUGGUCAUUAUGUGCAUGCUGAACCUAGGUCGAAAUUUUUUAGGGGGGGGGGGGGGUGCACGUGCCCCAUGCGGGCUAUGCACCUGCUCAGGCAACUGUGUGGUUCGGUGAACCAGCCUACUGCGAACCAUGCAAAACUGUAAUUACGGGUGAAGUGCCGGUGUUGCUGUAUUGUUGCAUCGUCGCGUCGCCUUUGGCUGCUUGUCUGACCCCGGCCCCUGCUAGUGAGUGGCAAAUCUGAUACCCAGACCUGCUGAUUCUGACCCUUCAGUGCUCGCCGCACUAUUCCUUGAAGCGAUUACUGCUGAUUCCUUACUGUUUACUGCAAAUCAUAAUUAUUACCCGCAAAGUUAUACUGAUUUGAAAUCCCUAUAUUUUUGAACUUAGAAAUAUUUUUGAAUUGCUUUUAUUCUUUAUUCUCACGAUGGCGACACGGUCAAAUUGCUUGUUUGGCAAAUGGCUGUUUUGCUCUAUUCAGCACGAA